AUGUCUAUUAAAUGGUAUACGAAAGAGACAUUCCUCUAUAAAAUAGUCAACAAAGCAUUGAGAACUGAAGACAUUGAACAAUUACGUAUAUUUCGAUUUUUUAUUGCUGAUUUAUCAUUUAAUCUUGCAUUUGAAUAUGAAAAAUUGAAAAAUAAAAGUGAAAAAAUUCUUAUACUUUAUCGUGGACUAAAAAUGGAAGAAGAAGAACUUAAAACUUUAAAACUAAAUGAAGAAUUUAUUGUUUAUGCAAAUGAAUCAGAAGUUUUAUUCGAUCCUGGAUCAACAUUCGAAAUAAUUUCUGUUAAAGAAGAUUUUCAAUUAAAUCUAUCGUUAAUUAAAUUAAAAGCUAGUAAUAAAGAAACAAAAAUUGCUAAAGAAUAUAUUGAACUUAAUAGAAAAGAAGAAGAAGAAACAAGUAUUGAACUUAUAUUUGGUAAAUUACUAGCUGACAUGGGACAAUAUGAUCAAGCAUUAAAAUAUUUUCAAAAUUUGUUAUUAGAUGAUCAUACAGAAAAGGAUGAUAUUGCAACAAUUAAUAAUCUAAUUGGAACGAUUUAUUAUCAUAAAGGUGAUUUUAAACAGGCACUUCAAUACUAUGAACUGGCUUAUAACCUAAUGAUGAAUAAUAAACCAAUAAGAAUGAAAGAUUCAGUAAAACCAUUGACAAAUAUAGGUCUUGUUUAUCAUCGAAAAGAUCAAUACGAUCGUGCAUAUGAAUUAUAUAUGAAAUCUUUAGCAAUAUAUAAUAUAUAUUAUGGAAGAGAACAUAUAAAAUCAACCAAAAUACUUAUGAAUAUUGGUAAUAUAUAUACAGAAACUCGAAAAUAUAAUCAUGCAUUGCAAUAUUAUCAAAAUGUUCUAAAAAGUUAA